CCAUAGAAUGGGUUGCAGGGACAUAAUAGUACAAAAUUUGGAUCCUGUGAGAAAAAGAAGUGGUGGAUUAAGAACUAAACAAGCUGGGCGUGGCUCUUGCAGAGGAAGUUAGUUCAUUUAAUCUAUAAUUUUUUGCUGAAAAAACAAGAAAAGAAAAGAGAAACACAAACAAGUGUUUUUUUUUCUCUGUUUGAGAUAUUCACACACAAAAAUUAGUGGAAAUGGGGUAUUUGUUGAAAGAGGUUUUGAAGACACUUUGUGGAGUAAACCAAUGGUCUUAUGCUGUUUUUUGGAAGAUCGGUUGCCAGAAUACCAAGCUUUUAAUUUGGGAAGAAUCCUAUUAUCAACCCUUAACCUUCUCUGAAGUUCAUGGAAUUUCUGGGCUUGAGAAUCCUGAACUAUCAUUCCAAGAUUGGGGUGUUUGUAAUUCUCAGCUUAUGAAUCAAGCAGGGGAGAGAGUGCAUUUACUCGUAAACAAAAUGAUGACGGAAAGUCAAUUCAACCUAGUAGGAGAAGGACUAGUUGGUCGGGCUGCAGUUACUGGGAAUCAUCAGUGGUUUCAUUCAGAUGGUUUUAGUAGAGUAGCUCAUCCACCAGAGGUACUGAAAGAGCUGACUCAACAAUUUAAUGCUGGCAUCAAGACAAUUGCAGUUGUUCCUAUUCUUCCUCACGGUGUUGUCCAAUUUGGAUCAUGCUCACAUAUAAUGGAGAAUAUGGGUUUUGUGGAGGAUGCGAGGAUGCUGAUAAGUCAACUAGGAUGUGUUCCCGGUGUCUUGUUAUCCGAUGAAAAUGCAAUGAAAGAUCCUGCAGUUAACACUGCACCAGUUUCUCUAGAUUCUUAUGGGAGAGCCAAAUCGAUGAUCUCUGCUCCAGUUAUUGCUAGCUGCAGUUAUCAGAAUAACUUAAGUCAGACUGACAGUUUCGUUGGUCAAACUUCCUCUCUGGCUUCACAAGUUCAGAACAGAAUCAUGUCUACUGAUGCAACAUUUCGAGCCCCCAAUAUGACCCAAAGUUUUGUUGAUUCUCAUGAUCAUCAGUUUCACAAUAUUGUUCCAGAGGUGAAAGCAAACCUGUCUCCUAAUUGCCACCUAAUAAAUAAUGCAAUUAAAGCAGAGGUAAUUUCUCCAAAUUCCAACAUAUGGACGAGUCAACAAUCUUCUUUGCACAUUCCGAGGUCUCCCUUUCAUCAGCAAUCUUCUAUUGAUUCAUUAACUGUAGAUAGUGGCAGCUUAAGGUUGUUUGAACAGGGGAUCACUUCAAAUGCUGGUAGCCAUGAUUUUGGCAAAAUCAACUCUUGCACAAAAUCUACUGGAAAUGGGCAUUCGUCUUAUGUUGGGAACGAUGUGAUUACCAAUCAUACUUCUGAUGGUCAGAGUUCACAAUUUAUGUGGGAUGAGAGUAACAGAAUAGUAGAAAACGAUUUGUUUCAAGCACUCAGUAUUAUGUUAACACAGAAUGAGCACACGUGUUCAAGCAAGUACAUGCAAGAGGUUUAUGGUGAAAAACAUGAAUACCUGGAGCAGAGUGCUUUCCUUGAAAAUAACAAAUAUGAAGAUUCCUGUGUCCAAGGUCACUCGGGGGAUGACCUCUUUGAUGUUCUGGGUGCUGAUUUAAAAAAUAAACUACUUAAUGAAAGGAAUAGUUAUCAAAGUAAACGACCAGACGCGGACACAAAGGAUCGGAUUAAGAAUAACUCUACUUCUACUUCCAUAAUUAGUCAGUAUGUUGCUUCUUCGACAGUCAAUCAAGGAAAAUCCAAUAGUGGAGCAUUUUCUGCGGCUGGUUUUGAGCGUCUUUUGGAUUCCAUAGCAUCCAAGCCUUCGGUCAAGCAGAAUUUGGAUGACGAUGUUUCUUGUCGGACAACAAUAACGAAUUUGAGUAGCUCCUCUGCUCCAAAUGCUGCAUCUUCCUACGGCCAAGCAGGUUUCUCUAGUCAAAUUCAAGGAGAGGUAUUUGGUCAGCCCAAGACUCUUGCAAAAUCAGGAGCAAUGGUUUCUCGUUCAUUUAGAUCUGAGUGCUCUAAUGAAAACACAGGAGCCUAUUCGCAGAGUAGUUCAAUUUAUGGGUCACAAAUUAGUUCAUGGGUGGAACAGGGUCAUGAUACAAAGCCAACUAGCAGUGUUUCUACUGGAUAUUCUAAGAAGCCUGAUGAGACGAGCAAAACCGGCCGCAAAAGGCUUAAACCAGGAGAGAAUCCUAGACCAAGGCCUAAAGACCGGCAAAUGAUCCAAGAUCGUGUGAAAGAAUUGCGAGAAAUUGUUCCAAAUGGGGCAAAGUGUAGCAUUGAUGCACUACUGGAACGCACGAUCAAGCACAUGCUUUUCUUGCAGAGUGUAACCAAGCAUGCUGACAAAUUAAAGCAGACUGGAGAGUCAAAGAUAAUCAGCAAGGAAGGAGGACUGCUUUUAAAAGAUAAUUCUGAAGGAGGAGCAACAUGGGCAUAUGAAGUUGGUUCACAGUCUAUGGUCUGCCCUAUAAUAGUUGAGGAUCUGAAUCAACCUCGUCAAAUGCUUGUAGAGAUGCUUUGUGAAGAACGAGGUCUGUUUCUGGAAAUAGCCGACAUAAUAAGAGGAUUGGGCUUGACAAUCUUAAAAGGGGUUAUGGAAACGAGGAAUGACAAAAUAUGGGCAAGGUUCGCCGUAGAGGCAAACAGAGACGUGACUAGGAUGGAUAUAUUCAUCUCACUUGUUCGCCUCUUGGAGCAAACAUCUAAAGGUGGAGCAGAAUCUUCUAAUGCCAUCGGUAAUAAUGACAUAACGAUGGUGCAUUCAUUUCACCAAGCAGCUUCAAUACCUGCAACAGGCAGACCAUGUAAUUUACAAUGAUGAACAGGCUAUGAUCUUCGUCUGCACGUGUUAAGAGCGAGCAGUCAACCAUUGCUCGCCAUGACUGACAUGUACACUAGGCUGAUCCUUUUGGUUUAGAGUUAAUCCUCAUUUUUCGUCUCCCACGAGCAAGAAGUUUCCAGAACUCCUGAACGUAUCAAGUUGUAUCUAAGUGUCGUUCAAGACAGGUAGAUGCUUUUAAUUACUUUCACAAUCCAUCAGUGUUGUAAUAUCUGGCAAUCAGGCGCUUUUUUAUUAUUCUUACCUUUAAAUGUACUAAUUUUGAUUAGAUAGAGGGAGAAGGGAGAUGGAAAAUGAUAAUGGGAGAUGGUUCAUGUGAUGAGAAGAGGAUUCUUGGUUUUGCUGUUGUUGUAUAGAAACGGUGGAGAUGAUAGGAAGGGAGCCUAGGGUGUUUAGUUAGCUAGCUGAUGUGUAAUCUAUUCUUCCAUUUUCUCUGGACAUGUUUUUCUGGUUUUCAAUUCUGCUCUUCUUCCAUUUC